AGCCUGAUGUGAAGCACAGCUACUCUUAGCGCCCUGAAGUUGAAUAUUUUCCGGUUAUACUGCAGCAAUUUUUCACCAUUACAUUUUUUUAAAUUUAUUAAACAACUACACAUCAUCCUUUUAACCAUUUAUAGUUAGAUUUAAUGUUGUGGAACGUCCACGAAAUGUUACCUGCUGUUAUCACUUACAUUCUAGCAGCUAUAAACAGUCUUUCCCUGAAGAGCCUCAUAUUUUCUUUCUUGUGAAGUUAAUAAGAAAAAAUGCAGCUCGUUACCCAGAAACACACCCACAUCCGAGACCAUAAAUGAUGAAUACUUGUCUCCUAAUAAUGUAUUAGAACAAGCACAGUAAUGUAAACCUGUGAUUUGAAUUACAACCAGAGCUGCUGCUGUUAAAAAUUAAUCAACACCUUCUGACCAAUCAGAAUCAAGAAUACAACAGAACUGUAUAAAUAGGUUUUGGCAUUUUGUUUUGCAUAAAAUCUCACACUGAGCGUUGCUACAUGACUCUAUAUGAGAGUCUGAACUCCAGCUGAAUUUCAUGAUUCCUCCAAAAGUCCCCUCCCCUCGAAUCCAAUCUGUUACAUCAUGUCCAAAGCAUCUGGAGCGAGUGUGUCAAAACAGGGUGGAUGCUGCUGCUGCUGUGUGGAGGAGACAGAGGAUAUCGGCUAGAGAGCUUGUUUUGAGCACUUUUCACGUUUGCGCACAUUUGCUGAGGGCAGAUGGGGUCUGGCAUCGCACGUGAACGAGACCUGCGUCACAGCUGCGUCGUGCAUUCACUCUUCCUGGCCACUUGCCUGCUGUCUCUCUCUUUUGUUGUAACUGUGAAAUCUGGUGUGAGGAAAGAACACAACUUCACCAUUCACUCGUCUCAGCUCGCAUGCAGUUUGCCCGGGCCUCCAGGAUCACCGGGCAGCCCGGGGCCUGCGGGGCCCAGCGGGGGGGCAGGACGGAUGGGUUCACCAGGCUCUGAUGGACAGGAUGGCAAGGAUGGGGACAAGGGUGAUAAAGGAGAGAAAGGGGAACCAGGUCGCACAGGGAACCCUGGAAAACCAGGACUGAAGGGUCGCCAAGGAGUUAUAGGGAGGGCGGGGCCGAGAGGUCUGAAGGGGGCGCAGGGGGCACCUGGUGUGCGUGGACCGGGAGGGCUGAAGGGUGAAAUGGGAGAUUUGGGUGAAGCUGGCGUCCCUGGUGGGUGUGAUUGUGGGAAGCAGGCACGCUCAGCCUUCUCAGUCGCAAUUAGCAAGAGUUAUCCCAAGGAGCGCACGCCCAUCCGCUUCGACCGCAUCCUGAUGAACGAAGGCGGCCAUUACAACGCCAGCAGCGGCAAGUUCACCUGCGCUGUCCCAGGUGUGUACUACUUCAGCUAUGACAUCACACUGGCUAACAAGCACCUGGCGAUCGGGCUCGUCCACAACGGGCAGUACAAGAUCAAGACUUUUGACGCCAACACGGGGAACCACGAUGUAGCGUCAGGCUCGACUGUGCUCCGGCUCAAGAAAGGAGACCAGGUGUGGCUUCAGAUCUUCUACUCCGAGCAGAACGGCCUGUUCUUCGAUCCAUUCUGGACUGACAGUCUGUUCACGGGAUUUCUUAUCUAUGCAGACCAGAUUCCUAAGAGGAAUAUCUCUGCUGCUAGCUCUGGGUCCUCCUGAUGGAACUUUUACUGACAAACUCAAAUACGUCUGUACCUGGUCAAGUUUACACUCUUGAAAUUCACCACAAUUUUUAUGCACGCUACUUUCUUUAUAACGUUAUAGUUCAAAUGUCUUCAGAGAGCAACUAUUCACCAUUUUCAGGAAUGUGUGACAUAAAAUUAUUGUUCUUUUACUACAAAAUUAUCUUUAUCCUGUUAUAAUAUUAUCCCAUUUUUGUUAUUGAUAACAAACACCCUUUCACACUAAAUUCUAUGCAGUUAUUGUCAUGCACUACACAAAUGAAAUGCUUCCCUGUUGAUGUCCAAAGGUCUUUAGACUUGCAGAUUUCAUGAUGCUAAAACUGGAGGCUGUAUGUUUCCUUUACAUGUUAGAAACAUUAGCCUCCCAUAGGGGCAAGUGGGGCAGAGCCCAACCAUAUCAGCCAUCCGCAACAAAUGUUAAUCUUCAUAAAGUCCUCAUUCACAGCUAUGUUUUAAAUUCCAUUGAAAUACUAAUCUAAAAAUGUUGGUAUUAGACAGAUAUACAUAAGACUUUCUAGAUGUUGCACAAUCGUGCUGCAGCAUCCUCACAUAGCUCCAUAGAGUUAUUAUUGCACCUAGUGGUCAAAAAUGGGAACAGCAAGCUCUAAUAGAUGCCUCACUGGGGCAGGAGCCAUGCUGCCCCAUGCUCACUCUAUGAAUAUUCAGUGGAGGAGGAGCGGCGGACAGGAGAGUUUUGCUAGUGUGGGCUAGUUUAAAAAUACUCUGUGGCCGCCAAGAUCUUGCUUUAUAGCAAAUAAGCUUCAUUAAAUCUAUCUCUCUCUUUUUCACUGCCUGAUUUUUCUGGGCUAGUUUCAGGUCUUUUGUGUGGUUUUUGAGAUGUAGUUGGGCUGGAAAUUUUGAUGAAACCUGGCAACCCUGGUUAAUAAUAUUAGCUCUUCUGGGUAUGAUGGGAAACACAAUAUCGAAAAAUGCUGAACAAGAAUACGUUUCAAAAAGGGCUCAAAAAACAAGCUGUUAGACUGUAUGCUGUAUUACAGCAUGUUGUUGACUCUCAACUGCCUGACCAUCUCGUGAUUGCUCUAAAAAUUCAUUAGAUAGUAACCUGUAGUCAAAUGUGAUAGCCUUUCAACUUCAUUUUGUUUGGUGGCAUCUGUGGUGGUGGCCUUUAACUAUGAAUUAUAAAAAGUCUGAACUCCCUUUUGUGACUCCAUUUCUGAAGCAAUCUGAAGUGUUUAAGAAAGAACACGGAGCACAUUUCUAUUUCACUCUGGCAGAUGCUUUCCCUUCUGUUGGAACUGUAAAUGACUCAACAGGAAAUUGAACUUGGAACUCUCAAGAUAUGUAAAUGUGUUUUGUUGCAGCUGUUUUACACCAUUUCAUUCUCUCUCUCUCUCUCUCUUUCUCUCUCUUUUUUCAUCAAGUCAAGCCAAGCUGUGCUUCUUAUGUAUAUGUGUCUUUAACAAUGUCUAAAAUGAAUAAAAAAGGAAAACACAAAUAUAAAUGAAACACAAAACUCUGCAAAACAUUACAGCUUGACAAGUGAAAAUAUCUUCAAUAUAAGCAAAUCUGUUUAAUAUUUUUCAUUAUUAUAUUAUUGGGAAGAUUUCUACAAAUUCAUUUUGCUAAUUUAUUUUCAGUCUCUAUUUAAAUGCAGUUUUCAUGGUAAUAUUGAGUCGUUAUAUCAAGAAACUUGAUAAACUUGAUCAUCUAAAUGCACCAUCUCAUUAGUAUUUUUAUUGGUAAUGACGGAUAUAAAAGCUCAGUAUACACAGACUAUGGUUUUUCCCCUCCUUACCACUUUCCAGUAUAAACGUGGUCACAUGUGGAUGCUUUCAUAAUGACAGUCACAAACAUGAUCAUGUGCAUGCAGCCACACACACACACACACACAGGCUUUAGUCUUAGUUUAAACAAACUGCGUAUGAUAGGGGGUUUCAGUUAAAGGUCAUGGAUCACAGCUCUGAGCUAAUUGCAGUAACGCUGUUGUUUAUUUUAAAUCCUGUCCACCUACGACCGCACGGCUGAAACACAUAUACAGUACACAUAUACUGUACUAUAAUAUGUAACAUAGCUAUACUAUUAUACUAUGAUACUAUACUAUAUUCUACAUAUAGAUACUAUAUUCACCAUGACAUAGACUAUAAAGUAUAUUAGCAUCAUCAGAAAAUUUAGUACAAAUACAUCACUUUAGAGACAGACGGAUAUAAUUGAGGAGUCAGUGGCAAGCCAUGGCUGUGUUCCAAUACUGUUUUAAUGCCCUGGUACAUUUCCUGUUACUAUUUUAAAGGCUGUUCAAUACUUUACGAGUGUAAGUGAAUGUUAAUAGAUGAGCCCUUGG